AUGUUUUUAAAGUUAUCUUUGUCUAAAUUAUCUAGUGAAUCAAAAGCCUCUAGUUCUAGUUCAUUUGAUUCUUUAAAAUCAAUAGGGUCAAGUCCAGUUUCUUCGGUUACUAUCACGUUAAAUCUUUCUUCAUUACCAAAAGUUAAUAGCAAUGAUGAUUUUAAUAGUAUUUUAUCUUUAAAUAAAGUUACCCCUCAAAAUGAUAACCUAUCCUUAUCUGCAACUUCACCUGUGUUUGUUCCCCUAGAAGAAUUAAAAUCUAGUAGUAGUAGCAUUCAACUUAAAAAUAUAGUUCCAGAUAAAAUUCAUAAUAAUGUUUUACCUUUAAUUAUAACUCCUCCAGUAGAAAUACCUUUACAAUUAUCUAAUUUGAACAAUCCUCUUUCAUUAGUUUAUUUUCAGGCAAUAACCUCUAGUAGUGACGCCUCACUUUUUCCUAACAAAAAUUCCCUUAAUAAUAAUAUUCGUAUAGUAUUCCCAUUUAUCGCCAUUCCUAAUCUGCCCAUGAUAUUUCUUGAAGAAGACUCAGAUGAGUCUAGUGAUUCAUGUUUCAAGUGGUAUACAUCUGCUUGGAAAAGAAAAAUUCCAGAGUAUAAGUAUAAUGAGAACGAUUCUGAUGCCGAUAGUGAAAUCGAUGAAAUUCAAAGACUGAUUAAGUUAAAGAAAGAAAAACUCAAGUUCCCUUCCACUAAAUGCUUAAAUGACUUGGCUGGAAAUGUUUAUUUUUGGGAAGAAGAAGUUAAGCCGGAUCUUCAUGGCUACAUCUCCAAAGAGAUUAGUAGAAGAGAAAAUUUUAAUUUAGAUACCCUAAAUGAAGAACAAGAUAAACAGCUUCAAGAUUUUUUAAAGUCUUAUUCAGCAUUAUUCGCGUGGGAAGGUCAUAGGUUAGGAUGUACAAAUUUAAUUAAGUAUAGCAUCAAUAUAGAGAACGCUUUCCCUAUUAAGCAUAAUCCAUAUUGGCAUUCACUUGCUAAAAAGAAAAUAAUUAAAACUGAAAUUGACCAAAUAUUAAAAGAAGGUACUUAUAUAACUUAUCCUAUCCAAAUCGAGAAUGAAGAAGAACUACAAAAUCAAAUUUUAUGA